CGCGCCGCUGCGAGCCGCCCAUGGUGCAGCGCAUGUGGGCCGAGGCGGCCGGGCCUGCGGGCGGCGCCGAGCCGCUGUUUCCGGGCUCCCGGCGGAGCCGCAGCGUGUGGGACGCCGUGCGCCUGGAGGUGGGCGGCCCCGACAGCUGCCCGGUGGUGCUGCACAGUUUCACACAGCUCGACCCCGACCUGCCGCGCCUGGAGAGCUCCACGCAGGAGAUUGGCGAGGAGCUGGUCAACGGCGUCAUCUACUCCAUCUCCCUGCGCAAGGUUCAGGUGCACCACGGCGCCAACAAGGGCCAGCGCUGGCUCGGGUAUGAAAAUGACUCGGCCCUGAACCUGUAUGAGACCUGCAAGGUGCGGACCGUGAAGGCAGGCACGCUGGAGAAGCUGGUGGAGCACCUGGUGCCCGCCUUCCAGGGCAGCGACCUCUCCUAUGUCACCAUCUUCCUGUGCACCUACCGAGCCUUCACCACGACCCAGCGGGUCCUGGACCUGCUGUUCCAAAGCAGGUACGGUAGAUGUGACGCCCUCACGGCCUCCUCUAGAUACGGGUGCAUCCUCCCUUAUUCCAGCGAGGACGGCGGACCUCAGGACCAACUGAAAAAUGCCGUCUCCUCCAUCCUGGGCACCUGGCUGGACCAGUACUCCGAGGACUUCUGUCAGCCCCCGGACUUCCCAUGCCUCAAGCAGCUGGUGGCCUACGUGCAGCUCAACAUGCCCGGCUCCGACCUGGAGCGCCGCGCCCACCUUCUCCUGGCCCAGCUGGAGCGCACAGAGCUCACCAAGGCAGAGCCGGAGGCUCUGGCUCCAGCUCUGAAGCCGACUGCAGCCCUCGAGCCAGUGCCGGCUCCAGCUCUAGCGCCCAGGCCGGUGCCAGGUCCAGACCUCGAGCCAGCUCUGGCAGCAGCACCAGCUCCAGCCCCAGAGCCUUCCUGGCCUUUGCCCGUGGCUGCAGAGAACGGGCUGGGUGAGGAGAAGCCUCACCUCCUGGCGUUCCCGCCCGACCUGGUGGCAGAGCAGUUCACGCUGAUGGACGCGGAGCUGUUCAAGAAGGUGGUGCCCUACCACUGCCUGGGCUCCAUCUGGUCCCAGCGGGACAAGAGGGGCAAGGAACACCUGGCUCCCACCGUCCGUGCCACCGUCGCCCAGUUCAACAGUGUGGCCAACUGCGUCAUCACCACCUGCCUCGGGGACCGAAGCGUGACGGCCCGCGCCAGGGCCCGGGUGUUGGAGCACUGGAUCGAGGUGGCCCGGGAGUGCCGGGUCCUCAAGAACUUUUCGUCCCUCUACGCCAUCCUCUCUGCUCUGCAGAGCAACUCCAUCCACCGGCUGAAGAAGACGUGGGAAGAGGUUUCCAGGGACAGCCUCCGCAUCUUUCAGAAGCUGUCAGAGAUUUUCUCAGAUGAGAACAACUACUCCCUAAGCAGAGAGCUGCUCAUCAAGGAGGGGACCUCCAAGUUUGCCACCCUGGAGAUGAACCCCAAGAGAGCCCAGAGGCGGCCGAAGGAGGUGUUGUCACAGGGUGUCAUCCAGGGCACCGUCCCCUACCUGGGCACGUUCCUCACAGACCUGGUGAUGCUGGACACUGCAAUGAAGGACUAUCUGUAUGGGAGACUGAUCAACUUCGAGAAGAGGAGGAAGGAGUUCGAAGUGAUCGCCCAGAUCAAGCUGCUGCAGUCGGCCUGCAACAAUUACAGCAUCGCCGCCGAAGAGCACUUCGGAGCCUGGUUCCGGGCUAUGGAGCGGCUCAGCGAGGCUGACAGCUACUCCUUGUCGUGUGAGCUGGAGCCCCCUUCCGAGUCGGCCAGCAACACCCUCAAGGUCAAGAAGAACACGGCCAUCGUCAAGCGCUGGAGCGACCGCCAGGCCCCCAGCACGGAGCUCAGUACCGGCAGCAGCCGCCACUCCAAGUCCUGUGACCAGCUCAGGUGCGGCCCCUACCUCAGCAGCGGGGACAUCGCCGACGCACUGAGUGUCCACUCGGCCGGCUCCUCCAGCUCCGAUGUGGAGGAGACCACCAUGAGCUUUGUCCCAGAGUCCCCUGACGGCCAGGAGAAGAAGUUCUGGGAGUGCACCUCCCAGUCGUCCCCGGAGACCUCCGGCAUCAGCUCGGCCUCCAGCAGCACCUCGUCCUCCUCAGCCUCCACCACGCCCGUGGCCGCCACGCGCACCCACAAGCGCUCCGUGUCAGGGGUCUGCAGCUACAGCUCCUCUCUGCCCCUCUACAACCAGCAGGUGGGCGACUGCUGCAUCAUCCGGGUGAGCCUGGACGUGGACAACGGCAACAUGUACAAGAGCAUCCUGGUGACCAGCCAGGACAAGGCUCCAGCUGUCAUCCGCAAAGCCAUGGACAAACACAACCUGGAUGAGGAUGAGCCAGAAGACUACGAGCUGGUGCAGGUUAUUUCGGACGAUCGAAAAAAUGGUGGAGUAAAGAUCAGUCUCUCCAUGGAAACAACAAUGAAGCUGGGGGGAAAAAAACUAUCAGAAUCAACAAUUUUGGGACUCUGGAACCUCAUCAGACACAACAACCAGGAGAGUGCUUGAUGAAGGGUGACGGCUGCUGAACUUCAGCUGUUAAGGAAAUCUCUGUCAGGUCACACACUGACCCCCUGAGACAAUGGGGCAGAAGCUGCAGUGACUACACAACAAGGAAUAUAGGCCUUGCAAAAACAGUUUGGGAAAGUCACUACAGAAACGGAAGACGGCAGCCCUCAAGCCACAGAAGCGAUCCCUGAGGAGGGGGAGAAUCUGAUUUCCAGAGUUACGAUAUUAUAAUUCUCAAUAUCCAGGUCUCAACAAAUCACAAAGCGUAUCAAGAAACAGAAAAAUAGGGCUUGUUCACAGGAAAAAAAAAAAAAAGAAUUGGACAGAAACCAUCCCUGAGGAGGCUCAGACAUUAAAAUUACGAGUCAGAGACACUAAGUCAACUGUCUUGAAUAUGUUCGGCGAGCGAAAAGGAGCCACAGACAAAAAAACUAAAGGAAAUCAAGAGAACAAUGUAAGAACAUAUAGGGAAUUUAGUAAAGAGAUAGAAAUUAUAAAAAUAAACCAAGUGGAAAUUCUGGAUCUGAAAAGUACAAUAACUGAAAUGAAGAACUCACUGGAGGGGUUCAGUGGCAGAUCUGAGCAGUCAGAAGAAAGAAUCCGUGAACUAAGGCAGUUGACAUUAUUCUGCCUGAGGAGCUGAAAGGAAAAAGAAUGAAGAAGAUUGAACAGACCCAGAGGGACUGUGGGGACACCAUCCAAUGUAACUGCAUAUGCAUAAAGAGAGUCCCAGAAGGAGAGAGAUUAUUUGAAGAAAUAAUGGCUGAAAACAUCUCAAAUUUGAUCAAAGACAUAAAUCUACACAUUAAGAAGCUCAAUGAACUCCAAGCAUGAUAAACUCAAAGAGAGCCACACAAGACACAUUACAACACAACUGUUGAAAGACAAAAAGGAAAUCUUGAAAGCAGCAAGAAAGAAACAAUCACGUGCAAGGGGUGGGGUGGGGUCCCUCCACAAUAAGAUUAACAGCUGAUUUUUUUCAUUAGAAACCAUGGCAACCAGAAGGCCGUAGAGUAACAUAGUUAAAGUGUUGAAAGAUGAGAAUUCCCUGGUAGUCCAGUGGUUAGGACUGUGUGCUUCCACUGCAGGGGGCACAGGUUCAAUCUCCAGUCAGGGAACUAAGAUCCCGCAUGCCAAGCGGUGUGGCCAAAAACAAUAAAAAUAAAGUGUUGAAAGAAAAAGAAUUCUGUAUGUAGUAAACUCUCCUUUAAGGAUGAAGGGAAAUUAAGAUGUUGCCGGAUAAACAAAGUUAAGGCAGUUUGUUAUUAAUAGUCCUGCCUACAAGGAGUGCUAAAGGGAGCCUUUUGGGUUGAAUGAAAGAGCACUAGACUGUAACUCCAAGCCAUUUGAAAAAGUAAAGAACACUAGGUGAGGUAACUAAUAGGUAAUUCUAAAAGCCUGUAUUGUUGCACUUUUGUUUGUACCUUUUUUUUUCUAUAUGACUUAAAACGCAGAUUCAUAAAACAAUAAGUAUAAGUGUGUUAAUGGGAACAGAAUGUAUAAAGACAUAACCUGUGACACCAACCACGUACAGGGGGAGGGAUGGAGAUCAGAGGAGCUGCAUGUUCGUAUACUACUGAAGCUAAUUUGGUAUUAUUCAAACUAGACUGUUACGAGUUUAAGAUGUUCCUUGUAAUCCCAAAGGCAAUCAAUAAGAAAAUAUUUUUUUAGAAAUACACAGGAAAGAAAGGCAUCAAAAUGGUGCACUAUUAAAAAAAGAUCAACCAAAGGAAUUCCCCAGCGGUCCAGUGAUUAGAACGCUGCACUUUCACUGCCAAGGGCCCAGGUGCAGUCCCUGGUCAGGGAACUAAGAUCCCACAAGCUGCGAGGUGUGGCCAAAAACAAAAAUUUUUUUUUAAUUAAAAAAAAAUCAAAUCCUUAAAAAGCAGUAGUGGUGGAAUUGAGGAACAAAAAGUGUAGAAGACAUACAGUUAUACAAACAAAUAGCUAAAUGGAAGAAGAAAAUGCUUAUCAGUAAUUACUGUAAAUGUAAAUGGGUUAAACUCUCCAAUUAAAAGUCAGAGUGAGAAAAUGGAUUUUUAAAAAACCUAUCUACAAAGAUAUGAAAAAGUUGAAAUGAAGGAUGGAAAAGGAUAUUCUGUGAAAAUAGUAAACAAAAGGUAGCUGAACGGCUAUGUUAUUAUCAGACAAAAUAGACUAAGUCAGAAAGGUAACGAGAGAAAGUAUAUAUCGCUUAAAGAUUCAAUCCAUCAAGAAUAUAGAACAAUUGUAAACAUAUACACAUCUCCAAAACACAUGAAGCAAAAAUGGAUGUAAUUGAAGAGAGAAAUAGACGGUUGGAGACUUCAGACCUCACUUCCAAUAAUGACUAGAACAACCAGACGGAAGACCAGUAAGGAAACAGGGCUUGAACAACCCCAGACAUCAGAUGAGACCUAGCUAACGCAUAUAGAAUAUAACAGAGAACACACCUUCUCAAGAACAUGUGGCGUGUUCUCAAGCAUAGACCACGUAUUACACCACAAAACAAGUCUCAGUAAUUUUUAAAAGAUUGAAAUCAUACAAAGCAUCUUUUCCAGUCACAGUGGAAUAAAGCCAGAAAUCUACAGGAGAAGAAAGCUGGAAUACUCAUAAAUAUGUGAAAAUUAAACAACACACUCUUUAACAACCAGUGGGUCAAAGAAGAAGUCACAGGGAUAUUAGAAAAUGCCUUGAGAUGAAAGGAAUCAAAACCAAUGUACCAAAAACUUAUA